ACAGUUAAAGCAUUGAAACCAUGCUUGGCACUCUCAUACUAACCGUUUAUAUUUUGUCAAGCGUUAUCUGUCUCCCUGCCUUGAAUGAACAACAGGUGGAGGACAGCUAUUCAAGAUAUCCAUCAAACGAGAUGUAUCACGAAGAUUUCAAGAGAUUGGGAAAUUUUGGUGUCAAGAGAGAGUUGGGACCUUUUCAAAUUGAUAAGAAGCUUGGAGGAUUUGGAGUGAAAAGAUUGGGAAAUUUCGGAGUGAAGAGAUUGGGAAACUUUGGAGUGAAAAGAUUGGGAAACUUUGGAGUAAAGAGAUUGGGAGAUUUUGGAGUGAAAAGAUUGGGAAACUUUGGAGUGAAGAGAUUGGGAGAUUUUGGAGUGAAAAGAUUGGGAAACUUUGGAGUGAAGAGAUUGGCUGGUUUUAAUGUAAAAAGGAGUUCGGAUCUAGCUAAUCUAUUGGCAAUUCUAAGGGACUGUAAACAAUGCUAAAAAUACUAAUAAUUUUAUCAAAAUAGUUUUUUGAGAAAAUUCAUUAUUUGGAAACAAUAAAGUAUGUAGAAAUAUUUAAAACCAUAUGUUCUGUCCGUAUAUAUAUAUAUAUAUAUAUAUAUAUGUAUAU